UGAGCUUCGAGAUCUGUCAUUGCAUCAGAAUCCAACAAGCUAGAUUUAAGAAAAAAAAAAAAAAAUUACUAAACUUUUACACAAGUAGUCAAAUCUCACGUUUUUGUUGUUAAUCGUCAUAAAGAACGUGAAUUGACUAUUCCCCUGUCGGCUUAGUGACACUUUUUAAAUUCUUUAAAAGUACACACAUUUCCACUGUGUAUGUCAGUAUGAUCAUUAAUCAAUUUACAAAUGGACCUUACACUAACUUCAACUUUCUUACCAUCUUUACAACCGGAAAACUCACUUGUUCACCGGAAAAUUAAUCAACCCAUUAUUCUCAAACAUAAAUGGAAUUGGAAAACACAAGUUUCAACUUCAGAGACUAAGUGUAGAACAAUUACUAUGGUCCUAAAGAAACCAAGAAUUGAAGGGAUUAGUGAAGCUUUAAAUGAAAUUGCUACACAAAAUUUAGAUCAUGCUCCUGCUAGAAGAAGGGUUCGAUCAGCUUUUGUUACUGCACAACAACAGCUUGAUCAUAUCUUGUUUAAGAUGGCUCCAGCUGAUAUCAGAUUAGAGGAGUGGUACGAAACAAAUUCGAAAGGCCAACAGAUUUUCUGUAAAAGUUGGUUACCAAAGCCUGGAAUACGAAUUAAAGGUGCUUUGUGCUUUUGUCAUGGAUAUGGUGAUACUUGCACUUUCUUCUUUGAAGGUAUUGCAAAGUAUAUAGCGGCUGCUGGCUAUGCUGUCUAUGCUAUUGACCAUCCCGGUUUUGGUCUCUCUGAUGGUUUGCAUGGAUAUAUUCCUGAAUUUGAUGGUAUAGUUGACAAUGUCAAUGAACAAUAUGCGAAGAUUAAAGGUAGGCCAGAAGUUACUGGGCUUCCCCUCUUUAUAUUUGGGCAGUCCAUGGGAGGUGCAAUUGCUCUGAAAGCUCUUCUUAAGGAACCACUUCAAUGGGAUGGAAUCGUCCUUGUUGCGCCAAUGUGCAAAAUUGCAGAAGACAUGACACCACCAGUUAUUCUGCAGAAAGUCUUGAUUUUUAUGUCUAACAUUAUGCCACAAGCAAAGAUAGUCCCUACGAAAGAUUUGGCGGAAUUGGCAUUCAGGGAGUUCAAGAAAAGGCAAAUGGCUCCAUACAACGUAAUCUCUUACUCCGACAAAACACGCGUGAAAACUGCUGUGGAACUCUUAAAUGCUACAAAAUACAUAGAAUCACAAGUGGAAAAGGUGGCGUCCCCAAUGCUCAUCCUUCAUGGAGCUGCAGAUAAAGUGACGGAUCCUCGAGUGAGUCAGUAUCUGUAUGACAAGUCUUCCAGCAGCGAUAAAACUCUUAAGCUCUACGAAGGAGGCUAUCACUGUAUUCUUGAAGGUGAACCCGAUGACCGGAUUCUUACUGUGCUAAACGACAUCAUCUCGUGGCUUGAUUCUCGGUGUUAAAGGGACUCUGUAGAGGCAUUACUUAUUGAAACCAACACCAUUCAUCUAGGUUAGGAAAUGUGAUUCUACACAAUAAAACCAAAUUCAUCUUGGGAUAUAGGCAAUUUUUUGAACUGCUAUAUUAAUAUUCCUUGAGCCAAGGGACUAUCGGAAACAACCUCUCUACCUUCAUAAGGAAGGCGUAAGUUCUGCGCCCACUACCCUCCCCAGACCCCAUUUGUGGGAUUACACUGGGAGUGUUGUGUUAAUAUUGAUAUUAAAGGAUGAAGCAAAGGAGGAUUGGUAAUACAUGAGACUAUGGCAUAUAUAUUCUUGCCUAGCCAAUAAGAUUCUCAUUGUAUUUGCAAUUCUUUACCACUUUACUAUUCUGCAGAUCCUAGAUAAAGUUGU